GGAAAGGAAAGGAAAGGAGGGAUAGAACGAAAAAUGGGGAGAGGGAAGAAGAAAGCGGCGGGAAGUUCUGAACCCGAAACAGUGGCGCUUCCAAGCCCCGAUUUCACUCAAUCAACUCAUCUUAAUGGCGAUUCAGCCCCUUCAAUCUCUAACAACAAUGGCAGUGAACUCAAAAUUUCAUUUCCACAUCCACCUUCUUCACUUCACAAUGCUUCUGUGCAAAUUCCACUACCCACCGACGACGCCGGAGUGGUCAACGGCGAAGACAAUGCCGUACCUGAUGUUUCUGCUUCUGAACGUACUAACCUAGAUGAAGGCUUCUUCGAAGUUGAAGCUAUUCGGCGGAAAAGAGUUCGUAAGGGACAGCUUCAAUACCUCGUCAAAUGGCGUGGUUGGCCAGAGACAGAAAAUACGUGGGAACCCUUGGACAAUCUCCAAUCAUGCUUUGAAUUUAUUGAAGAAUAUGAAGAAAGGUUUUGUCACUCGCGAUCGGGAAAGCAGCGGAAGCGGAAGCGCAAGGAUGGAGACGUUGAAAGUGAAUCUCAAGAGGAAAAAGAUCUCCAAAUUAUAGCUAUUGAUAAUGUGACGGAUGUAGUUAUCAAUACUCUGGAUGAUCGUCUAUCUGCCGCUCCAUUGAACAAGAAACUUCAUCGUGAUCUUCCUAUUCCUCAAGAACCGUUAGACUCUAUUCAUGAAGGAGAGUUGGAUGAGAAAUUUGAUGGAAGUAGAAAGAGAGACGAAUAUGAUGUGAAACUUAUCGACUUCAAUGCAUCGAUGUCUGGGAAUAUGGUUGAUUCUGAUAAAAAAACAGUGGCUUCUAACGAUGUUAGCCUUGUUUACGAUGUUUCCAAGGCCGAUUGCGUGGUGGGUUCUGCUCAGGGAAGUCACUCCACUGGAGCCAAGAGAAGGAAGUCCAGUAGGGUGAAAAGGUUCACGAAGGAUUCAGCCUUGUCAGAACAAGGAUUAAAACAAAAUGCAGCAACUGUAGGCAUUGAGCCUACUGAUCCAAGCGAACAAUUAGGACCCCAGAAUCCUAGUUCGUCAGGCCACUCCAGAAAUGUGUCUACCAUCACAAGGAUUAUCAGGCCUGUUGGUUAUUCAGUUUCAGUAUUAAAUAACAUCCCAGAUGUAAUCGUAACCUUCUUGGCUGUGAGGUCGGAUGGAAAAGAAGUGACGGUGAAUAACAAAUUUCUUAAAGCUAACAAUCCACAUCUGGUAAUUGAUCAAAUUUCCGUACUUUACCUUGCAUAUUUUUCUUCAAUCGGUAUUUGACUUGCUAGUAUUUACAACUACUCUCUCACUGCAGUUGAUUAACUACUAUGAGCAACAUCUCCGAUAUAAUCCUACAUUAUGAAAGAACUGCACUUGUGUCUGGCCACCACCAUCAUCUUCGUGGUUUACAAGCUGUAAUUUUGUAGUUUUAGGAGAUUCAGUGAAAUACAUUAUGAAUUCUCGGUAAAUUUUCAACUGUCAAGAGGAGAUCAGACUAUUUUCCGUCUCCGUUUAAUUCUAAUAUGGGGAUGAAUGGAAAGUUAUAUUCUUUUUGAAUAUUGAAGUUCCUAUCUUAAACAAUUUAAAGACUUGGUGAAUCGAACUAUGAACUUGUAACCCCCCUAACAAAAAAAAAAAAAAAACAAAAAAAAAUCUCCAAGGGCAAGAGGCUGUUUGCUCAUAACCUUGCAAGACAUUGUCAUUCGUUUCCCCUAUAAUCCUGCUUUUACAGAUAUUUUCCAGUGUUGCAGUUUACUGUUCAAGUGAUCCUAUCUGCUACCCAGAUGCUGAGUGUUCAAUGAGCUACGGGAUGCUUAUUUAUCAGGUUCUUUCUUGGUCUCCAUCCAUAUUAUUUUAUUAUGUCAAAUAGAAUAAAGUACAGGUAUUGGACGGUUCUGGACUUCCAACUGCUCCCGCAAAUAAUAAAUCUGAACCUCUUGACUUUGGCAUAUUAUUUUAUCUGUAUGCCACCUAUGAUGUCAUUCAAACACAUUUUUCAUUUAACUAAAUGUCAUUAUCUAACAUCAUUUAAUUUUAAUAAAAAUGUAAAAAUAAUCAGGUGCCUUUCUUAUGGUACCUGAUUAUCCAUCCUACUUGGAUAGACUAGUCCAUCAUCACCCACAAAGAAACAUCGUCUCCUUUCUAUUUCUUUCAAUUGAUAAGUAAUUAGUUACUCAUCAAGCUUUAAACAGUUUGCUCAGGUUGGCAUCCAAUCCAACCUAUAUUCUCUAUAAGACUUGAUUAAAAAAACUGAAAUUCUCCAGUCUUCGUCAUUGAUCAACUAAUAUGCUGACCUUCAUAAAGCAUGAAAAGGAGUCAAGCUUUUCCAAAGUCACUCCUACCACCAACAAACAGCCUUUUCCCCUCUCAAUAUCACUCUUUUGCAAACCAAGUUCUGAUUCAGAUAAAGAUAAUGGGAUAUACUACUUCAGGGCCAUCUCCUGUUGUACCUUGUAUCAUAGUUGGAUUUCUGGGGUUGAUAAUAUUUUGGCCUACUCUUUCAUCCAUCUGGGAAAGCAUAGAACCUCUACUUGAACUGGGCAUUUGGGUUGCAGUGAUUCUUCUUUUCCUCUUACUGCUUGUACACUUUCUUUCUAUUUUCUUUCCUGUUCUUCAUGCUUCAUCCACUUUUGCAGUUCAGCAUUCCAGCAGCCCUGGCUACGAUGCUGAUGGAUUCGGUUUCGGGUCAGGAGCAUUGUUCCUAGGUCUUCUCUUCCUUGUCCUCUACUAUCUGUUGUAAUCUUAUCCUAGUACUAGAAUGAUAUAGCUUUCUCUUAGCACUU